AGCGUCUGCGCCUGCGCCAGGAAGGAGCGCCCCGUGGCUGCAUACGCGCCUGCUCCCGGGAAAACCUUUCUUCUUCCAGCCCCACUCUCCCUCCCCCUUUGCUCCCGGAAGUGUUCGCGGGGCGGGGCCGGGCAGCGGCUGCCACGUUGGAGAAGUUCACCGGUCGGGGGGAGGGGCAGCAGCAGUGGCUGUGGCGUCCAGAGGAACGGCGCUAGACUUACUGACCGACCGACUGCCUAACAGACACCCCGGCCCCCCCGCCACCCCCUCCCCAGUCACCUUCGCUCCCGGACUGUCUGUCCAAGGCACUUCCUGCUCCUCAGCUGCGGAAUCGGAGCCGGCGGCGAAGCGGCGAGAGCUACGAGCCCGGCCUGGCCCCGGCGGAGCCCCAGGGACGGACCCCCGGCCCUCAGGAUGAAGUUAAAAGAAGUGGACCGAACAGCCACGCAGGCAUGGAGUCCUGCUCAGUGUCAUCCCAUUUACCUGGCCACAGGAACAUCGGCUCAGCAGUUGGAUGCAACGUUUAGUACCAAUGCAUCCCUGGAGAUAUUUGAAUUAGACCUGUCUGAUCCAUCGUUGGAUAUGAAAUCUUGUGCUACUUUCUCUUCUUCCCAUAGGUACCACAGGUUGAUUUGGGGACCUCAUAAGAUGGAUUCCAAAGGAAAUCUUUCUGGAGUCUUAAUUGCAGGGGGUGAAAAUGGAAAUAUCAUUCUGUAUGAUCCUUCCAGAAUUAUCGCUGGAGACAGUGAUGUUGUGAUUGCCCAGAAUGACAAACACACAGGGCCUGUGAGAGCCUUGGAUGUGAACGUUUUCCAGACUAAUCUGGUAGCCUCUGGGGCUAAUGAGUCUGAAAUCUACAUUUGGGAUUUAAAUAAUUUUGCGACUCCCAUGACACCUGGAGCCAAGACACAGCCUCCAGAAGACAUCAGCUGCAUUGCCUGGAACAGACAAGUCCAGCACAUUCUAGCUUCAGCCAGUCCCAGUGGCCGGGCCACUGUUUGGGAUCUUAGAAAAAAUGAACCUAUAAUCAAAGUCAGUGAUCAUAAUAACAGGAUGCACUGUUCGGGAUUGGCUUGGCAUCCUGAUGUUGCCACCCAAAUGGUUCUUGCUUCUGAAGAUGACAGAUUACCUGUGAUUCAGAUGUGGGAUCUUCGGUUUGCUUCUUCCCCACUUCGUGUUUUGGAAAACCAUGCAAGAGGAAUUUUGGCCAUUGCCUGGAGCAUGGCAGAUCCGGAGUUAUUGCUGAGCUGUGGAAAAGAUGCCAAAAUUCUCUGCUGCAACCCCAACACGGGAGAGGUGCUGUAUGAACUUCCUACCAACACACAGUGGUGCUUCGAUAUCCAGUGGUGUCCCCGAAACCCAGCCAUUCUCUCAGCUGCUUCCUUUGACGGACGCAUUAGUGUUUACUCCAUCAUGGGAGGGAGCACUGAUGGCCUGCGGCAGAAGCAGGUGGACAAGCUCUCGUCAUCAUUUGGGAACCUGGAUCCCUUUGGCACAGGACAGCCCCUUCCUCCACUGCAGCUUCCGCAGCAAACCCCCUCACAGGGUGUUGUGCUGCCUUUAAAGAAGCCGCCAAAGUGGAUCCGAAGGCCUGUGGGAGCUUCGUUUUCAUUUGGAGGCAAGUUAGUGACAUUUGAGAAUGCCAGGCCACCGCCGGGAGCAGAGCAGCAGCUUCAGCGCCACCAGGUGCACAUCAGCCAGGUGGUCACCGAGAAGGAGUUCCUCCUGCGCUCUGAUUACCUCCAGCAGGUGGUGCAGUCCCAAGGCUUUGUCAGCUACUGCCAGAAAAAGAUCGAUGCUUCGCAGACGGAUUUUGAGAAAAGUGUGUGGUCUUUUUUGAAGGUAAAUUUUGAAGAUGAUUCUCGUGGAAAAUACCUUGAACUUUUGGGAUACAGGAAAGAAGACCUGGGAAAAAAGAUUGCUUUAGCUCUGAAAAAAGGAGAAGGGCCUGAACUGGUUCUUAAAGAUUCUGAGCAGCUGGCGCCAAGUGAUGGUCAAGAGAGUCGUGCUGCCGAAGAGAACUUUUUUGCAGAGAGCACCAAAGAGGAAAAUCGAGAGACUGAAAUUUCUCCGUCAGUUGGAGGAACAUUUAAUAUUUCUGUCAGCGGAGAUAUUGAUGGCUUAAUUACUCAGGCUUUGCUGACUGGUAAUUUUGAAAGUGCAGUUGACCUUUGUUUACAUGAUAACCGCAUGGCAGAUGCUAUUAUAUUGGCCAUAGCAGGUGGACAAGAGCUCUUGGCUCGAACCCAGAAAAAAUACUUCGCAAAAACUCAAAGCAAAAUAACCAGGCUGAUCACAGCAGUGGUGAUGAAAAAUUGGAAAGAGAUUGUUCAGUCCUGCGACCUUAAGAACUGGAGAGAAGCUUUAGCUGCUGUGCUGACUUACGCUAGGCCAGAUGAAUUUUCAGCUCUUUGUGAUCUGUUGGGCACCAGGCUGGAGAAUGAAGGGGAUCCUCUCCUGCAGGCGCAGGCCUGUCUGUGUUAUAUUUGUGCUGGGAACAUAGAGAAACUGGUGGCAUGUUGGACUAAAGCCCAAGAUGGAAGCAGCCCCUUGUCGCUUCAGGAUCUGAUUGAGAAGGUCGUCAUCCUCCGAAAGGCUGUCCAGCUCACCCAGGCAUCAGAUGCUAAUGCCAUUGGGGCCCUUUUGGCCGAGAAGAUGAGUCAGUAUGCCAGCUUGUUGGCAGCCCAAGGCAGCAUUGCUGCAGCUCUGGCUUUCCUCCCUGCCAACACCAGCCAGCCAAAUAUUGUACAGCUUCGUGACAGAUUGCGCAGGGCGCAAGGCGAGCUUGGGUCAGAGCAGGAAGCAGCCUCUCGGGCUCUCUAUGACAGACAACACGUGGUCAAGGGAGGACCUGGGCCUGCUGCGGGCCAGACGCAGGGGCCACGAGCUCCAACCCAGCAAUUCUAUCCACAUGGAGAAAAUCCUCCACCUCCAGGUUUCAUUAUGCCAGGACCUACUAAUCCUAAUAUGGCAAUUCCGCAGUCCACCUCUUCUGCCCACAUGUACGCACAGGUACCAUCUUAUCCACAGCCACAGACAUAUCAACCAGCUCAACAGUAUACAUUCGGAACAGGGGGACCAGCAAUGUAUCAGCCACAGCAACCCACCCCCCUUCCUGCUUCCAGUGCUUACCCUAAUCCUUCUUACAUGCCCUCUGCUUCUUCCCAUUCUGGGCAGUCUCCGAUAUAUGCAGCCCAGCACCAGGCCUCUCCAAAUACUCCCAGCCCUAUGUCUGCUUUCCCUCCUCCCCCUUCCGGAGCACCCUUCCAGCAUGGCGGGCCAGGGGCUCCACCAUCCUCUACUGCUUAUGUCCUGCCUCCUGGAUCCACAGGUACACUGCCUGCUACCAGUGAGCUGCCUGCGUCCCAAAGAACAGGACCUCAGAACGGUUGGAAUGACCCACCAGCUUUGAACAGAGUUCCCAAGAAAAAGAAGGUCCCCGAAAACUUCACACCUCCUGUCCCCAUCACCUCGCCAAUCAUGAACCCUAUGGGUGACCCGCAGAUGCAGCAGCAGCAGCCCCAGCAGCCCUCUGUCCCAGCACCACUCUCAGGACAGACUCCAUUCCAGCAGCCACAUCUGUCAGGGAGCCAGCCCGUGCUGCAGAACCCUUUCCAUGGCAUGCAGCAGCCCCUGCAGCCUACCAUCCCACCACCAUUCUCAAAGCCGAGUAUGGAGGGUGCCCCAGGAGCUCCGAUUGGAAACACCAUCCAGCACGUGCAGUCCUUGCCAACAGAGAAGAUCACCAAGAAGCCCAUUCCAGACGAGCACCUCAUUCUGAAGACCACGUUCGAGGAGCUCAUUCAGCGAUGCCUUGCUUCUGCCACAGACCCACAAACGAAGAGGAAGUUAGAUGAUGCCAACAAACGCCUGGAAUUUCUCUAUGACAAACUUAGAGAGCAGACGCUUUCCCCAACGAUCCUCAGUGGUUUGCACAACAUUGCGAGGAGCAUUGAGACACGGAACUACAUGGAGGGCCUGAACAUCCACACACAUGUCGUGAGCACCAGCAACUUCAGCGAGACUUCGGCCUUCAUGCCGGUGCUCAAAGUGGUUCUGACUCAGGCGAACAAGCUGGGCGUCUGAGCAGCGGCCUUGCUGCAGCCCGCAGUGCCGCUCUGGAGGAAGGCACAGGCUGCAGACCGGAUGCCAGGCCUCCCUAGCAUGCUUCCAUGGCCAUUCAGCGAGAGCCUUUCUGCUGUUUCUGCCGAUAAACUCGCUCUGGAGCGGCUCCAGGACACCCUCUGCUUUUCUUUAGUUAAUCUCUUACUGCCCAUAAUGAUUCCUCUUCUCUGCAGAUAGUAGAUUUCAUGGGUUAUACAUAGUAUGGUCUACUAAAGUAAAUAUUGUACUAAUAAAAUGGUUUUUAAUACUUUGAUGUGCUGUUUUAAAAAGAGCAUUCAGUUAAGCAGAGGUAAAACUGAUUUUACUCCAUAUUCCCCCACUUCCUUGGUAUCAACCAGAUUUUAAAAGUAUCUUAUCUUAUGUGUAUCUAGAGUUUAGGGUUUUUUGUACCCCAAAAUGUAGUUUAAUCUCACUUUUGGAGAGGAAAAAACAUUAUUUUGGAUCAGAACAAAUAACCAAAAUCAAGAAGAUAAUAUAUAGGUUUCAGUACAUAGGAAUUCAUUAAAAUAUACUUAGGUUAAUACUUCAAACAUCUAUGUUUUCGUCCGUAUGAGUGCUCUGUUUACCUGUGUGGAUUACAGCCUCUCCAUGCCUUGGUCAAGAGUUUGUUGUUGUGGACAAAACAAAGCCAUCCCUCUCGUGCUAAGGCACUCUAGGCUUGACCAGGCUGGGCCUGAAAUGACUGACUGACGUUAAAAUAGGCCUUCAGGAAAGCUGAGGAUUCUGAAGUUAAAGAUCAAUCUCACGGAGAGCCAUUGAAACAUGUCUCUGGACUUUGAGAAUUCUCGGUCCCAAAACAAGUGUUGCUAAUAAAUUUUGUUCAGAUUUUCAAUUGA